UUCAUUGGUUGGGGAUUUGUUUACAGUCCAACAGCGUUCGUUCGGUUACUGAAUUUUUGGUCCCGAAAACGGUUGUAAUUUUUAGUGCAAAUAGUUGACACCUUUAUCUAGGUCACCUAAUUGCGUGGAUGGAAAGCCAUGGGACGGAAACGGAAAUCGGAGGCUCCGAUGAAGAUUCGUCCCCUGAAGCAAGCCAAACAAGAAGAAUCUCACGAUGGAUCGUCUCCGUUGAAAGUUGAGCCGAAAGCAAUAGAUCCUGAUGCAAGUACCCCGGAAGAAGUGUCCAAUCGCUCCGAUACGAGCAGAAAACCGUGGAUUGAUAAGUGCCAACAGUGGGUAGCGGAACAGAGUGAACAAGUGGCUGAGCCACCGCCACUUGAACCCGUAGAAGACGAUGAACCGCCUUUGGAGGAUCCGGUGGAACUGGCACUGGAAGCUUCUACGCCACUUCGAAAGAAGCUCAAGUAUUACAACGAGAAGCAAAUUUUGAACUCGGUCAUGUAUGAAUGCGAGUGGCUCAAAUGUGGAUUCGAGACAACCGACGACAUUGCUUACAUCACCCACGUUGAGGCGCACGCGUACCAAUAUCUGGCGAAACCGGAGGACGGAGAAGAUCUAGUUUGUUUCUGGGAUGUGUGCGAUUUCCGGACCAAGGAUCGGCGCGACCUGGAGAGCCAUGUGCACUUUCACGUGUACCACAAUCGACUGAAAACGUACGGCGCUAGCCUCGGUAGAUUAAUUAGCAUUCCAAGAUGCAACGGCGACAGUCGCCGGAGGAAUUGCAUCGAAAAUUUCAAAACCAAAUUCACCUGCGAGUGGUCCGAAUGCGGGGAACAAUUUAUCAAAGCUCAGCAAUUUUUCGCUCACGUGAACUACCACGUGCAGGAUCAGUUUCCGCUGGGUAAAAAAUCGACCAAACAAGAACUACAGUGUCAAUGGGCCGGUUGCACACAGACCUAUAAACGGUGCAGUUUGGCACUGGAACAUGUCCGGAGACACUCAACGGAACGAAGCAUCGGAUGUUACACGUGUGGGGCGAUAUUUGGAUCACGAUUGAAGUACAUCGAUCACUGCAAGCGCCAAGUGGAUUAUCAUAAUCGAGAAUUUGGCUGUCCGGAUUGUGGCAAGCUGUUUGCUUCGAUGCAAUUGAUGAUUGAUCAUCGGAACAUUCACAACAAAAAGUUCGAAUGUCCGCUCUGUCCGAUGAAGUGGCCCUCGAGAAAGGCAUUGACCUGUCAUAUACGAUACCGGCAUGUGGAGGAUAAACCGUACCAGUGUAAAAUAUGUAACCAUCGCACCGUUACUAAAUCAGAUCUGGACGAACACGUGCUAACUCAUGAUGAGAGGCGAAUGUUCCGCUGCGAGGAGUUCGGCUGUGACGCCACUUACAAAUGUCAGAGGUCAUUGAAAAAGCACGUCGAUGCUGUCCACUAUGGUGCUGGUCCAGGUAUUUACGCAUGUCAUCUAUGUCCCAGUCAGUACAAAGCCGGUGCUACUCUUUCAAGGCAUCUGAUACGGGAGCAUGAGUUCAAACGACCGCCUGGUUAUAACCGAUUCACUUAUCGCGCAAAUGAACACGGAAUUCUGCAAUUAUCCACGUCGACUCCUGACGACGUGAAGGAUUCCAUACCUGAGGUCGAUUCGAAACAGCCGAAAGUAUCAUCUGAAUCCACUAAACGCAAAAUUAAAAGAGACGAAGACGAUAAUGAUGAUAAGGAAGAAGCUAGUAGAUCCCAACCAGCAACAUUCACCAGCUUCGCCAUCGAAAAAAUGGAACCCAUCAGUAAGGAUACCAUUUCGAUCGAGCUACAACCGGCGGAGGAACUUCCCAAGCCGGUCUACCGAAGACGAGCCUGCACCGUUACAACCACAGGACUGGACUCGGAGCAUACGAACGAUUGGGAGACAGCCUCGGAGAGCAUGAUACCAUUGACCAUGAAGUGCGAAGUAGAGGAAGCGACAACGUCUUCAGUCGUGUCGAAGAAUAUCGACGACUUCACGGUUAUGAAGCGCUACUUGAAGACGGAAAAGUCGGAAAAACAGGUUGUAAUUUCCUACGAAGAAAUGGACUCCACGGGUAGCGUGAUUCGAAGCGAAACGGUGCAAACUACAGAGUUGAAUUUGGAGAAUCUACUCAAAAAAGACUUGUAGUGGGAUGGGUUUAGUAAUUUUACUAGGGAAAGGCAGUGCAAAAUCGACCAUCAAUAGUUUUAUACGUUAGUAUGCAAACUUGUAUGUUGUUAAAUGAGAAACUAAUGACAGCUAAACUAAACACUGCCAAGAUGGAAUUAGACACACAUAUUUUAAUGAAACUUGAGUUUUCAAAUAACUCAUCAAGGAGAUGCUGAUGAAACAAAUUUUGGUUUCAUUUUACCAGAGUUAUAAGUUAUGUCCUGUAAUCAAAUACGUAACAGUCGAUAUAACGUUUUAGAUUAAAAUAAUUUUGAAUUAGUGAUUAGAAUCUUCGCAAAACAAAUUGCAAACUUUCUAAUGUUUUCAUCGCGUUCCGUUAUAACUUACUUUUUAGCUAGCUUCACUAGUCCAUCCUUUAGGUAACCCAUUUUACCACGCCUUUCCCUAAUUAUUAUUUUUUUUUUAAAUAAAGUGGUUCUCAUUUGUUAAGGAAA